AUGCCUUCAAACAGCCGUGGAGCGCUGUCGUUCAAAAACGCAGGUCGAGAAUCUAAGACUUCGAGAUCGGCAGCUGUUCAGUCAGGUGACCGAGUUCUCGUUGUUGGCGGUACUGGAGGCGUAGGACAAUUGACAGUUGGAAAGCUACAAGGAAGAGGCGGGUUCGAAGUGCGAACAACAACUCGGAAUAAAAGCAAGGGGGAAGAAGUAAUUGCUGAUAGCGGCGUCAAUGUGUUUGAACUUGAUCUGUUGUCCGAGGAUACGACUGCGCUUGAAGCUGCAAUGGAAGGAGUUGCAGGUGUCGUCAUUUCGGUCGGCACUACUGCCUUCCCCACAGCUAGGUGGAAGGGAGGAAAUACACCGAAAGCAAUCGACGAGGAAGCUGUCAAACGAAUCGCAAGUGUUGCAGCAAAAGUUGAUACGAUGAAAAAGAUUGUCAUGGUCACAUCAGUCGGCGUAGAUAGAACAGGCGAGAUGCCAUUUCUGAUUCUCAAUCUAUUCGGUGUCUUGGAUGCAAAGAAAAGUGGAGAACGAGCAGUUGCUACUGCCGCUGCACAGGGCGGGUUUGAUUACGCCGUCAUUCGUCCAGGACGAUUGGUAGGUGGUCCAUUUACAAAUCUUGAUGUUGCAAAGCUUUUGAAAGUGGAAGGCGGGGCAGAGAAUGGAGUUUCGCUCGCGAGAGGAGAUUCGCUAUUGGGAGAUUGCAAGAGAGACGCAUGCGCAGAGGCGGUCAUUCAAUCGUUGAUUAACGAGGAAUGUAAAAACCUUGAGUACUCCAUCAUUUCGACUGAAGAGAAAGCGCUCACAGAUCCCCAAUGGAUAGAAGCCUUCCAAAAGCUUUGA